AUGGCGUGCAGCCUCAAGGACGAGCUGCUGUGCUCCAUCUGCCUGAGCAUCUACCAAGACCCGGUGAGCCUGGGCUGCGAACACUACUUCUGCCGCCGCUGCAUCACCGAGCACUGGGUGCGGCAGGAGGCGCAGGGCGCCCGUGAUUGCCCUGAGUGCCGGCGCACGUUCGCCGAGCCCGCGCUCGCGCCCAGCCUCAAGCUGGCCAACAUCGUGGAGCGCUACAGCGCCUUCCCGCUGGACGCCAUCCUCAAUGCGCGCAGAGCCGCGCGACCCUGCCAGGCACACGACAAGGUCAAGCUCUUCUGCCUCACAGACCGCGCGCUGCUCUGCUUCUUCUGCGACGAGCCCGCGCUGCACGAGCAGCAUCAGGUCACCGGCAUUGACGAUGCCUUCGAGGAGUUGCAGAGGGAGCUGAAGGAGCAGCUUCAGGGCCUUCAGGACAGCGAGCGGGAGCACACGGAGGCGCUACAGCUGCUCAAGCGACAGCUGGCCGAGACCAAGUCUUCCACCAAGAGCCUGCGGACCACCAUCGGCGAGGCCUUCGAGCGCCUGCACCGGCUGCUGCGCGAGAGGCAGAAGGCUAUGCUGGAGGAGCUAGAGGCAGACACAGCCCGCACACUGACGGACAUCGAGCAGAAAGUCCAGCGCUACAGCCAGCAGCUGCGCAAGGUGCAGGAGGGGACGCAGAUCCUGCAGGAGCGGCUGGCCGAAACCGACCGCCACACCUUCCUGGCCGGGGUGGCCUCCUUGUCUGAACGGCUCAAGGGGAAAAUCCAUGAGACCAACCUCACCUAUGAAGACUUCCCAACCUCCAAGUACACAGGCCCCCUGCAGUACACCAUCUGGAAGUCCCUUUUCCAGGACAUCCACCCAGUGCCAGCCGCGCUGACCCUGGACCCAGGCACUGCCCACCAGCGCCUGAUCCUGUCGGAUGACUGCACCAUUGUGGCUUAUGGCAACCUGCACCCACAGCCACUGCAGGACUCGCCCAAGCGCUUCGACGUGGAGGUGUCGGUCCUGGGCUCUGAAGCGUUCAGUAGCGGCGUCCACUACUGGGAGGUGGUGGUGGCGGAGAAGACUCAGUGGGUGAUCGGGCUGGCACAUGAAGCCGCGAGUCGCAAGGGCAGCAUCCAGAUCCAGCCCAGCCGCGGCUUCUACUGCAUCGUCAUGCACGACGGGAACCAGUACAGCGCCUGCACGGAGCCCUGGACGCGGCUUAACGUCCGGGACAGGCUUGACAAGGUGGGCGUCUUCCUGGACUACGACCAAGGCCUGCUCAUCUUCUACAACGCCGAUGACAUGUCCUGGCUGUACACCUUCCGCGAGAAGUUCCCAGGCAAGCUGUGCUCCUACUUCAGCCCUGGCCAGAGCCACGCCAACGGCAAGAACGUCCAGCCGCUGCGGAUCAACACUGUCCGAAUCUAGUCCAGGCGCAGAGAACACACUGCCACCAGCGAGAGCCCUGCCCGGGAGACGGGAGACCGGGACUCUGGCCCAGGCUGGCCACUCUGAGGCCCGGGGCCAGUUGUUCACUCGUCAGCCUCCAUUUCCCUGU